CUCCCUUAUACAAAACAGUGAAGAAAUUGGCUGUGCAAAGCAAGAUGGCAGUGAAACAAGCUAUGUUCCAUAGUGUCCCAUUGAUGCGAUUGUAUGAGGGAGUGAAGAUUACAGGAAGCAAGUGUGUACUCAGACAGCCUUGAUGCGAAUAAACUUUGAGACGGGGUGUGAGCUGAUAAAACAUUAAGGAAGGUUAAGGUAUUAAGUGAAUUCUGAUGGCAAAUGGUUGUUCAGUGCCGACUGCCUCAUUUUGAUCGCUGCUAAGAAGGAAACAAUGAGCGUCCUUUCACUGUGAGGCUUGCUGUGGCAGAAUGUCAAUGUGGAACAAUCCUGACUCUUGCACCUGGGAUGCGACACUCGAAGUGGAACUGCUGUUUGCCAUUACAGAAACUCGUUGUACACAGAAUUUCACAUUCCCAUUAGCGACAUGUUGUUUUCUGGCAUUCUGUACUGCAGUGAUGAUGCCACUCUCUGGAGUGAUUGGGGAUGAACCAACGUGCAGGACACAGGCACGGAGGCAGGAUCGAGAGGUGCUAGCACAGUCGCGAACGUGGAACAGGUUUGAGGGAAGAAACACGAUGCUGGUGUGGGUUUUGGUGGUGACUGCACUGCUUGUCGGUGAUGUGGCAGGGACACGCAAUUCCUUGGUACUGGAGAGGACUCAGCGACACCUUGAGAAACGUGAAUUAUCCAGAGGACCCUGUGAAGAAAACUGGUUUCAUUUUCCUCUUUUAAACUCCUGUUACCGGUUUUUCAGUGACAAAAUGACAUGGCACGGAGCUCAGAAUUUCUGUAGUCAAGACGCACAUUGUGGACAUCUGGCUUCUGUGACCUCAGACGAACACAACAUUUUCAUUUCUAAUGUGGUCACUAUCGUGGACAAAGAAAAGCCAGUGACUUGGAUUGGCCUGAAUGACAUUUGCAAGGAAGGGAAUUUCACAUGGAUUGAUGAAUUGCCAUACAGUUACAAAAACUUUGGUCCGGGUGAACCUAAUCAUAAAGAAAACAAAGAACACUGUGUCAACAUUCAUCAUUUCCGUAACACGUCUUGGAAUGAUGAAUCCUGUGAAGAGCCUUUUGGGUUUGUUUGUUCUUACAAACUGUGUUGAAUUUAGAAGACUCCAGAACUCCAUUUAUAAUUUUCAGCUCUGGAUUCAGUGCCUUGGUUUCUCUGUAGCCGCUCUCACUGUCUGUGGUGUCUAUACUCACUGAGUUUCUGAGCCAAUAAUAAAGAGAACUGCAUCCUGA